UAAUUUGGUACAAAGGUUUGUUUAAUCAAAAGCCAAACGUUUGAAAAAUUGUGCUUUUUGCUGGUUCUUCCCAUUGUGCAACAUUGACGCUGUAAAGCAUAACCUCUGUGACAGCUUAAACUCAGUUUCAUUAUUUACAUCCAUUUCUUUGUGAUUACAAUUAUCAUCCACCAAUCUGAUCAACAACAUCAUCAUCAAUUUCAUCAACAUUAUUGUUUCUGGUUCAUCUUUCUCUGUCUCUCUCUUCAUUAGUGUCAUUGCAUCUCCAUGUUUUAUCAUUGGGUUAAUCCUGACAAUUGGUCACAUGGUUUUAACCAUUAUAAUCAACAUCAACAUUUUCACAUUAAUGCUGAUAAUUAUAACCACUCAACAAUUUACAUUACAAACAACCAUACAAUAAUAUCAUUUAAACUUUGAUCAAAUAAUAGCAAUUGUAAUCGCAAUCUUUCUACACUUGACCCAACUAAUAUUUUAUUACAUUGAUUUGCCUUUUGUUUACAUUCAACCUUUUUCUUGCUUCUUGUGUUUCAUACAAAUCUUAUGAAAUUUUUUUGUCGUAAUUAACUUGUUGAUUAAUUUAUUUCUGUACAUUUGUUACCAUUUGUUUUUACUUAUUUAUUGCAAUCACUUUUGUUACAUAUGUCUUUACGUUAAAUCAUUAUCAACAUCCCAACCUUUACCAUCGUCACAACCAACAAGUGCAACAUUUGAUACCCGAUUAAUGAUACUUUCAACUCCCAUCAGUACCAACUCUGUAUCAGUGACCAAGUUUACUCGUUUGACAUUUUUCAACUGAAUUUUGUUUGGAUACAAUUUUUAAAAAUCACUUUCGUGGCAAUACAAAUUUUACUCAACCCAAUUGUGUGAUUAACUCUUGCAAUCGCCUCUUUUUUGUUUUGAAUGGAUUCAAGUCAAGCCAAUCAUCUUAUCGUUUACCAGUGGAAAUCUCUGUUUACCAUUUAUUCAUAAUCUGCCGAUAAUUAGUCAGUGUCCAUUAUUUUUUAACCUUUUCAGUGCAAAGACAAAUAAGACCAAAGCUUAAUCUCUCAUGAGCUGGAAAAAUUUGGUUCAAAUAAAUACGAUUUAACGCUUUAAUCAGUUAAAACACUAAGACGAAACGACAACAAGAUUGCUCUUGAAAUAUCAAGAAAAAGAAAGGAUAAGCCAUAAAAUACGUAUUGGUUAAGCUAUUUUACCAGGAAAUCUUCCUUCUUUUGGUUCCUCCUUCCUGAUACUCUUUUUUUCGUCACUUUUCAGUCUCCAUGAGAAGCAACUUUAUUUAUCCCAAUUCAGUCCAACUGUCAACUUGUUCAUCUCAACAACAACGGCAACAAUCAACCGAUAAACUGUCAAACCUCUAAUCAAACCUUUUGGUCAACUCUUAAGUGCAAUCUCGUGCAAUUUUGUCCCCAAACCUAAAGUCCCUUUACAAGUCUACUUACAUUUUGUGCAACAAUCAUCUUCAAAAUUUAAAUUAAUUUUCUCUCAUCAUGUUCAGUUUCCACAAGCCCAAGAUUUACCGAUCAAUCUCGGGUUGUUGUAUAUGCAAGGCUAAAUCUUCCAGUUCCCGAUUCACGGACAGUAAAAAGUACGAAGCUGAAUUUGAAAAGUGUUUCCGAAUCAGUGAGAAAAGGUCAGGUGAAAUAUGCAAUGCAUGUGUCCUUUUGGUGAAAAGAUGGAAAAAACUGCCCCCAGGAACCGCGCGUAAUUGGAGGCAUGUUGUGGAUGCUCGAGCUGGCCCAGGAACCAAAUCAAUGAAAUACGCAAAAUUAAACCACAGCAAUUCAAGUCCACUAACAAGCUCAACCAAUGCGAAGAAGCACCAAAAACCAAAGAAACUUAAAUCAUCAUUGAUUGAUUUUUCAGACAUUCAAGGUGAUAAUUUUCAUGUACCAAGUCGACGAAUACCAAGUCCCAUACAAAGUGACUCAUCCGAUUUGGAUGGUGAUUCAGACGAAGAUGACUAUCUUUCUGAUCUUGACGAUGAGGGUAAAGAGCAAGGUGCCGAAGGUGCUUUCAACUCACCCAAGAAGAAGCUACGAAGCAGCAGUAAAAGUCCAAUAUCAAAUGGCCUAUUGUCACCCUCAUCUUCAUCAUCGACCAGUCGACGAAAUUUAGCCAAGCGUACCAAACCUCCAACCAGCUCACUCUCUAAAGUAUCUUCCUUUUUAGACAUGUCUUUCUGGAGGAAAGAGAAAAUUUGUUGCGGUAUAAUUUUCAAAGGACCCAACAAUGAACUGCUUAUCUACCCGAAACUGCUCAAACCAUGUUCAUGUCGAUUAAAAAUGACCGAAGCUAAAUCCAAUAGCACUGGAAGCGGAGCCAGUGACACGGCUUCCAUCACAUCAACCUCACAAAUUGAAGAGGAUACAAACAGCAAUGCCAGCAGUACGGCCAACUACAGUCUUUAACGUAAACUCAAGCCUAGGAUUGGUCUCAUUUUUUUGUUCCUCUUUAAUACACUUUACAUCUUUCACUAACAAUUAUUUAUCGCCUCAUUUUUUACAUACAUAUACAAACGAAAGAUAUUCAAUAAAAAAGCAUAUUUGGAUUCAUAAAUCAGAUCACAUCAACUUUCAUAUUCAUCCCCGUUAACCUGGUAUGCAGAAACAAUAACCCUCAUCAGAAUCAUUCUCAUUCUCACGGAUUCCAUCACUACUAUCACUACCAAAAGUCACCAGCAUCUUCAUGACUCAAACAUCACCAACUCUUCAGAUAACUUUGCCUAAUUGUGUGUGUUUCAAUGGAAACCAACUGAAAGCAUCACUGAGAGGUUCAGUUGUGACAUUUGAAUCUACCAGGCUAAUUUUAAUAUCACAAUACAACUGUCAUCACACAUAAUAUAUUAUCAUUUACUAACUAUCAUUAUUAUCAUUAUUAUUAUUACCAUUAUUGUUACAAAGUAUAUUACAAAACAAAAAACAAACCCUAACGCAAAACUGCCUGAAAUCAUUUUGACCUGAUUUUUUACUUGAAAAAAUGAAAAAUGCUUUGUCAAUCAAUGUUGAAGCAAAAUGAUUUUGAUGAUAAUAAUGAUAUUCAAUUAGCAACAGUAAUCUCUUAAUUGUGCUAUCCAAGUUAAAUUAUUAUUGUUUACUUACAAUUAACACUAGAUGAUGACAAAGUAAACGUGCAAAAAUUUAAUUUCAAUACUUUAACAACAAAUUGUAAUAAUAUACAAAUCAUAAUAUAUACACACAUCUGAGACUAUUCAUUAAUCAUUUGUUUUGUUUUAUUUUUUUCUGCUUUUCGCUAGCAAUUAAUGUUAUAGCGAAAUGCAUUUAAUUGUAAAUAAUUUUGUCUCAAAAUACGAUAAAUUUUUUUCUCUUUUUGACACUAAAUUGUUAUAAUUGAGCUCAGCUCGAGUCCCCAUUAAGAUGAGCUUUUUACCUCAUCAAAUCAAUUGCGAUAGGCUUUUAAUAGUCUUAUUUGUAUUGAUUUAGGCACAAAAUUUUGACUUUCUGUUGAUCCACAGACGUCUAAGACGUUAACCUUUGUCCUGACAAAUUAACCCAUUUCAUGAUUAAAAAUCAUGUCACAUUA